AGGCUAACAAUAGACCCCGUCUUCUAUAAGAACCCGAAGCCACUCCGCUGAUAUUGCCCAGUCCUCGCCAAGGCACAGGCCAGCACAUGUCAUCAUUCAACGUUCACCUUUCCACUUUCUAAGAAGAUGACAAAUUUGAGCCCCAACUCCUCGGACCUCUGGACGUCCUUCGAAGUAAAGCCCCCAGGGUCCGUCCCCUUGGAUUACGGCUCUCCAGCCAGCGGCGCCCAGUAUUUCUCACUUGCAGUAGACCCACGUCGUCGAUACUACGGUCAGGCGCCGGAGGAAGACUCGGAGGAAGAGAAGCUCCCUCCGCCUACUCCCAAGCGCAUCAUCAUAUGCUGCGAUGGCACCUGGCAGUCGUCCGUGAACGGGCGGUGGGGCAUUCCCUCCAACGUCACACGGCUUGCUCGUUCCAUUGCGCGCACUGGGAAGAUGAAGAAGAAGAAGGAAAACCAGAUUGAAAACGAGAUUGGGAAUGAGUUUGAAACGACAGAAGAUGUCGACGAGGAAUUCGCUUGUCCUCAGAUCGUGUACUACGGCUCAGGCAUCGGCGCGGGUGCUGGCGUCAGCUUACUUGAGAAUCUGAGACAGGCCGUCUUCGGCGACGGCCUUGUCGCCGAAGUCAUCAAAGCCUACAAUUUCAUUGUCAUGAACUACUCCCCGGGGGAUCAGAUCUGCUGCUUCGGCUUCUCCCGGGGCGCCUUCACGGCUCGUGCGGUGGCGGGUCUCAUCACAGACAUUGGCAUCAUUCAGCCCAAAGAGAUGAACGAUUUUCCGGACCUAUACAGACUACACCGGCAGUACCGCGUUAAAGACGGCCCAACCUUCCGCCAGACCACGGCCUACAGAGAGUGGAUCACCGGCAAAUUUGAGGGAGGGCAACAGAUUAGAAAAGGACACAGCCUCCCUCCGGAAUCGAGCAGAGUCAUAGAAGUCGAGGGCGUCUUCGACACUGUUGGUGCCUUGGGAGUUCCUGGCCUUUUUUGGGUCCAAGGGCUUCUCAACUUCAUCGCCUUACGCCUCCCAUGGAUUGGUAUCGAUUACCAAGGAUUUCACAGAACGUCCUUGAGCAACUACACCAAGCAUGCAUUUCACGCGUUGGCUCUUGAUGAACAUAUGGCGCCCUUUAAACCUACUCUUUGGCACCUCCCGAACGCAGAAGAGAAUGAAAAAGAGGAGCAAGGUUUGGAGAGCUACAAGUCUCUCAAUGAGGAUCAGGUCAAGUACUACUUCGAAGACCUUGCCAAUGGUAGAAUCAAAAAAGAACCGACUGAGCAAGACCUCAAUGAUGCGUGGAAUGACGUGGUCAAGGUCCACAUGGCGAAGAAUCCAAAAGACUUCACACCUGAAUUGCGCCAGGUUUGGUUUCCCGGUGGCCAUGUCAACAUCGGAGGAGGCAACUCGACCAGCCUGGUUGGCCUUUCAUAUGAUUUCGAACAAAUCGCUCUCAUCACCUUCGCCUGGAUGUGCGAUCAAAUCGCGCCGUUUAUCGGCCUCGACGACGGGAAGGUAGAAGGCAAACCAGACAGCUUCUCGAGCCUUGCCAAUCGCGAGAUCGAAGCACGCAACUACCUGAUGUUCGGCUUGGAUCAGAAAAGAAACUCGGGCCUACUCGGAUUUUUACGGCGAAAGUUGCAGUCAGUGGCAUCUCUCGCACCUGCGACCACAAACAAUAACGGUGGAGCCGAUAUCUGGGGCACCGGAGAUAUCAUUGACGUCUUCAAAAUCUUUGAGAGCUUCUACAUAUUUGGAAUCUUCGUGUUCUUCUUGAAGCUCUUACCCUUCACGUAUACCGACAGGACGCCAGGCCACUACAAAGACGAGUUCCGAGAGGGAAGUGACACAAAGGAGAUGAUCCAUCCUUCUGUUUAUUACCGCAUGAGUGAGCGCCCUGACUACACACCAGGCUCCCUGGUGCCCAUCCCAGAACCGAAAAAGGGGGACUGCAACAGGCUCCAACCAAAGUGGAAGAGCAAGGAAGUCAACAUUCAGGGGUACGUGAUCAAGAAGGAAGACCGCAUAUCACGCCAUAUGAUUAAUCAAUCGAGAGCCAAGAAUUUCAUGGCUCCACUGAUGGAAAUCGAAUAGAGUGCAGAGUGGUUUUAUUGGUAGAGCUUUUGAAGGGUUUUCUUAUGUUUUUCUAUCCCUUUGUCUUACUUGGAUUGCUCUCUUUUACUGUGUUACCACAUUUGGAGAAGCCAGGAACUAUAGCUAAUUAACUAACUAACAAUAUUGAUGAAUCUUUUUCCCUUUUUCUCAACUUUUAUCCAUGUGUUUUCAUGUUAGCUAACCUGGUGUGUGUAACGUCUGUAUAGCAAAUGCCAUAUAAUGACCAAACACUAACAGAACGCAUACAAAAAUCACCAUUUCUGACACCAUUUAAUGCUUUGCAAAAUACAUCUUUUUCUUGGCAUGAGAACUGAGGGGAUAUGCAAAAGAGAAGAGCUGGGUGGAACCGUUUAGACAAGCAGGAUGUUUCAAUAUCGUGUACAACGAACGAUCAAUGAUUUACAUCUGUA